UAUGGAUUGGGAAAUGAUUAGGAAGAAGAACACAGCAACUGAUUUAUACUUAGGAUUGUCUCCUCUAAGGGUUAAUGCUAAUGGAAAGCUUAAUCUUGUGAGAAUUAAAAUUUCUAAUCAAGUGACAGAAAAUGUCCAUGAAUUGACAGAAAAUACUCAGGAGGUUCUCAUUGAAGGUUUAGGCUCGUGGAAGAGGUUAGGUUAUCACAAGGGUUGGAAAGAAUCUGUUGAUAAAUGGGGAUAA